AUGCAGCCCGCGCCGCUUGCCGCCGCCGUCUCGCCCAAGGACAAGGACGUGCUCACGAGCUUCUUCCUCGCAGCGACGGCCGCCUCGUGCGCGAGCGUCCUCACCAACCCGCUCGAAGUUGUCAAGACACGCAUGCAGCUGCAGAACGAGCUCGUCGAGGCCAGCUCCAAAGCCGUCGAGCGCGUGUACAAGAACCCGUUCCAGGCGCUGUACGUCAUUGGCCGUCAAGAAGGCGUGCGCGGCCUCCAGUCGGGCCUUGGCAUGACGAUUGCAUACCAGUUUAUGAUUGCGGGCACGCGCUUUGGCUUGCAUGACCCGGCCAAGCGACUCGUUGGACGCCGAGAAGGGCGCGGAUUGGUACUGGACGCGGACGUACGUUGCCGGCGUGCUCUCGGGCGCUGCGUCGUCGUUCACGGGCAACCCUACGCGUCGGCCCUCGAGGGCUUCAAGGCGGUGCUGGCCACCGACGGCCUCAAGGGCUUCUUCCGCGGCAUUGGCGGCGCCGUGCCGCGGGUGAGCUUUGGCUCGGCGACGCAGCUCACGUGCUACGAGUACUUUAAGGGCAUGCUGCUGUCGCAGCCGAUCCCGUCGACGUACGUCUUCCACGACCAAACCGUCGCGCUGCAUUUGUCGGCGUCCAUCUUGACGGGCUUCUUCUGCGUGACCGCGAUGAACCCGUUCGAUGUGGUGUCCGUGCGCCUCUACAACCAGCCGCUCGACGCGACGGGGAAAGGCCUUCUGUACGACGGACCGAUCGACUGCGCACAAAAGACGCUGGCCAAAGAAGGCAUCAAGGGCGCGUUCAAGGGCUGGACCGUCCAGUACCUCCGGCUCGGACCCCACACGGUGUUUACGUUUUUGUUUUGGGAGCAGCUCAAACAAGCGUACGAUCGCUUGACGCAUGAAUAG